CCCUCGAAUUCAAAGUUGCCCCCAAGGGUACUUCAUACGGCGCAUAAUACCAGCAUUACCAUCACAUCAGAUUGGCUUACUAUCCAAAAGAUUAUCACAUCCACAUUGAUAUUUCCGAUCGUUCACUACAAUACUGCGCAGCCAAGAUACGAACUUCCCCUUACUAACACACUCUUCUUUUUUCCAUAAUGUUUAUUUUAUAUAUCACCUAACGUCCCCCCUUCAUCGUCUAUGGGUUCCGAGUUUAUAUGUAUGAAAUUUACGUCUCGAUACAUAUCGUCUCUAUAAGGGAUCGCAAGCACUCUCGUUAAUUCUUCCACUAUGGCGUCGUCACACGAAUCGGGGUCCUUCCUAUGGAACAGAAGGAUGCACAGGAGUUUCAUUUUCGCGAUUGGUAUUUUAAGUUUGCUUAUGUUAGUUGUUUAUUACCAAUACGACUUGUCAUCAAUAUCGAAAUUCCACCUAGACAAAGUAACACCAGGAGGGGGCGUGGUGGGCGAUUCUAUAGCGACAGAAUCAAAUCCUUCGACUAGUGUAGCCUCGACAGGCCCAAAGGGAGGUUCGACUAACACGAAAGUCGAAUUGGACCAAACGCGGGUUGCUCUCCUUCUCGAAACUCGUCCUUUACCUCACUUGCCCGCUCUCCUCUCACAUUUUAUAUCCGUUUUACCUGCACCGUGGGUUUUUCGCUUCGUUGGAACCCCCGAAGCCAAUGCAUUGAUCUCCUCUUCCUCAUCUCUUUCCGGCCAUGUCAAGACCGGAAAACUAGUCAUUACCGAGCUCCCCGAGAGAUAUGCCAUCAAAGACCAAGAGACUAUAAGCAUGACUCUUACAGAUUUGACCUUCUACAGAGAUUUUCUCGCUCCUGCGGAAUGGCUUCUGAUGUUUCAAAGCGACUCAAUUAUAUGCGCAGCUUCUGAGUACAACAUAGAAGACUGGAUUUCCAAAGACUAUUCCUGGGUAGGUGCCCCAUGGAACAUGGCCGUAAAAGGUGGAAAUGGAGGAUUGAGUCUCAGGCACAUCCCUCCCAUCCUUAAAAUUCUCGAAAAAGAAGUUCGUGAGCCCGGUACCCCGUGGGAGGAUCGUUGGAUAUGCGAUCGCCUCAUAGCAUCGAAUGCUGCCAAAAUGCCCGGACCAGAUGUAGAAGUCAAAUUCAGCGUGGAAAGCCAGUGGUAUGAGAAGCCCUUUGGUUAUCAUCUAAUAGGAAGUGGUAAAUUCUUGAUCCCAGCCGUCUGGGACAAUAAAGAGCGCAGAAAGCAUAUUCUGGAAUACUGCCCGGAAGUCAAAAUUGUCCUGGAUAUGGAUUUGAGCAGAGAGAAAGAGAAGUUGGCCAACGAACUUGAGGAACUAAAAUCUCCAAAGGCUGGCACGGAAAAGGAGAAAGGAAAGGAAGAUGGACCCAAGUAAAUUAACAUGGGAGGAAAAGAAUAUAAACUUAUAGAAGACUCAGCAAAUAUACAUAAUACCCACGAAUAAUGAUGUCAAAGUUAAUAUACAAAUUAAAGAUACAAUUAUAAUU